AUGUCCGAUCCGAUCCUCUUCGAAGACACGUUCACGAUCACGGACGUCAACUCCCAGAAGUACGACCGCGUCUCACGCAUCACUUGCCAAACCAGCGAUAAAAAAAUCCACUUCCAUCUUGAUGUGAACACCGAGCUCUACCCAUGCGCCAAGGGCGACUCGCUGUCUCUGGCUCUUGCUUCGACUCUGUCCCUCGACGGCAAGGAGGACAGCCGUACAAGCUGGCGGGAAGUGAGCGAUGGCGAGCCAACACUCGCAAAUGACUAUGACUAUGUUUGCCAUGGCAAGGUUUACCGGUUUCAGGAGGCUCCUUUCAAUAAGGAGGAUGUUCAUGAUGUCGAGCUUCACGAUGUCGAUCCUGAUGCUUUGAAGGAUAGAAUGGCCGUACUUGCCUCGUUCGGCGGCCUGCUGCUUUACCUGGUGGGCCCCUACAAGAAAACAGCUCCCCUGCGGAUCGACCAUGUUUACCUGCUUCUGAAGAAAUAG